UGACAGCCACAAUCGUGACCCGUCGUCGCACUUUAUCUGUUAAACAUCGAAUGGCUAUGGGAGACGACCAGAAUAAAAUAGCAACCAAAGGGGGUCCAUAGACAAAAAAGGGGGGGGAGUGUUGAGAAUCACUGUUGGAGAGAAAUUUGUGCAAAAUGGGUCUGUGCGCAUCUCUCCAUAAGUGGAAACAUAACAAGGAAUCUCCCAAGUGCUGCCAAGUGGUUAUCUCCUCUUCGCCAGCAGAAAUCGGAAAGGGUGAGGCAGCCAACUGCGUCAUUUAUAUAAUUGGAUACUUGAAGUGAGCAGAUGUGCACUUACAAUAAAGCCAUUACACAAUAAAGACUGCUUCAAUUAUAUAUAUAUACAUAUAUAGAUAUAUAUCAAGACGCGACAGAGAAUAUAUUUAGAGCGAUGCUUUGAAAACAAACGGGAAUUGAUGUCUAAAGAAGCAAGAAGCUAAACGAAGGUUUAUGUCGCAGAAUCUUUAAAAGUGGACAAGAAUCUCCAGAAAAUCGCGAUCUAAGAACGAAAGAAUUUUGAUUUGCAGUUUGGUCGACGCCCCGAUUUACUGUCGAGAAACAGCGAUUAACGGUUGACAUUUGCACAAAACAACUUUUGUCUAUCGGGAUACAUUACCAUUACGAUCGUUUAACGUCCGCAUUUCCAUGCUUGCAAGGGUUCGACUGUUUGACACACAGCUUGCACCAGACUCCCGUUGUCUUUUAAGGCAUGGUUUCUAUGGCUGGAUGCCCUUCUUAACGCCAACCACCUACCAGAGUGUACCGACUGCUUUUUACAUACCACCGGCGUAUCAUCUAUUAAACACGAAAGGAAAAUGUCUUAAGGAACAGAUAUAAUAACCCUACUGCUAUAAAUCUAAGGUUGGAUUGCUGUGAAAUAUUUGCUCUCACCUGAGAUUCAUAGCAACAUUUCUCCAUCUCAUUACCUGGUGCUUUGGCAUUCUAAUUAAACUUGAAUAUAUUUGCAAAGGAGUUUGCAGCAUAUUUAGACAUUGAUAAAGAUCACAGUUGAUAACCACAGAGGUACUUGCGUAAAAACAGACACAGGAAAACUAUUGAAAUAUUGUGAUGAACAAAGAAUAAUUUCAAGAGAUUAAUGUAACAGGGUGAAACAGCGAAAGGAUUUGGUUUUGUUUUUAUUCCUUGGAGAAAUGUCAAAAGAUACACAAGAAUCAUCAGACCACUCUGAUAUCAGUGAUAAACCAUUCUGUGAAAAUGAUAAUUUAAAAGAGCAAAAAUGUAAUCCUUCAGAAGGAAAACGAUAUCAUUGUGAUAUCUGUGAUAAGCUAUUCUCUGGCAGUACUGCUUUAACUACUCACAGACGUAUUCAUACGGGAGAGAAGCCAUUUCACUGUGACAUCUGUGGUAAAGCAUUCUCUGAUGGAAGCGCCUUAACUUCUCACAAACGCAUCCAUACAGGGGAGAAACCGUUUCGCUGUUACAUCUGUGGUAAAUCAUUCUCUAGAAGUAAUGCUUUGACAAUUCACAAACGGGUUCAUACAGGGGAGAAACCAUUUCAGUGUGAUAUCUGUGGCAGGUCAAUGUCCGGAAGUAGCGAUCUAAUUAAGCACAAACGUAUUCACACAGGAGAGAAGCCAUUUCACUGUGACAUCUGUGGUCAGUCAUUCUGUUUAAGUAGUGGCUUAACUACUCACAAGCGAAUUCAUACAGGAGAGAAGCCAUUUGAAUGUGAUGUCUGUGGUAAAUCUUUCUCUCAAAAUACUAACUUGAAGAGACACAAAUCUAUUCAUACAGGAAAGAAACCAGUUCAGUGUGACAUCUGUGGUAAACGAUUCUUUGACAAUUAUGGUUUAACAAAGCACAAACGUGUUCAUACAGGAGAGAAACCCUACUGCUGUGAUAUCUGUGGUAAAUCAUUCUCUGUAAGUUGUGCCUUGAUUAAACACAAACGAAUUCAUACGGGAGAGAAACCAUACCGCUGUGAUAUCUGUGGUAAAGCAUUCACUGCAAGUGGUGGUUUAAGAAUUCACAAACGCCUCCAUACGGGUGAGAAGCCAUUUCAAUGUGACAUCUGUGGCAAAUCAUUAUCACGACUCGAUAAGUUAAAUUCACACAAACUUAUUCAUACACGAGAGAAACAAUAUCAAUGUGAUAUUUGCAGUAAAUCAUUCUCAAAAAGUAGUAAAUUAACAAAACACAAGCAUAUUCAUACAGGAGAGGAGCAAUUUCACUGUAAUAUUUGUGGUAAAUCAUUCUGUAAAAAAACUGCCUUAACUAUUCACAGACGUAUUCAUACUGGAGAGAAGCCACAUCACUGUGAUAUCUGUGGUAAAUCAUUCUCUCAAGUAGGUAACUUGACUUCUCACAAGCGUAUUCAUACGGGAGAGAAGCCAUUUCAUUGUGAUAUUUGUGGCAAAUCAUUCACUCAAAGCAGUGAAUUAACUAGACACACACGAACUCAUACAGGAGAGAAACCGUACCGCUGUGAAAUCUGUGGUCAAUUAUUCUCAGAAUGUACUAACUUAACUAAACACAAACGUACUCAUACAGGAGAGAAGCCACAUCAUUGUGUUAUAUGUGGUAAAUCAUUCCCUGAAAAAGCUGCCUUAAGAAAACACCACCGUGUACAUACUGGAGAGAAACCAUUUCACUGUGGUAUUUGUGGUAAAUCAUUCUCUAUAAAUAGUCAAUUAACUAAACACAAAACUGUUCAUAAAGUAGAGAAAUGAUUUAACUCUGACAUUUUCUGUAGAAAGUUACUUCACAAAACAUCAACAUAGUCAUUCAGGAGAGAAACCACAUCACUUUGAUAUUUGUGACUAAUCAUUCUCUAUAAGAAGUAACUUGAAUCACAAACAUGGUCAUACAAGAAAAUAGCCAUCUCACUGCCACAUGUGUACUAAAUCAUUCUCUCACAAACUCCACUCAACUAAACAUGUAUCUAUCCAUACAAAAGUAUGACUUUAUCAUUGUGAAAUUUCUUUACAACAAACAAGGAACACUUUCAAAUGAUAUUUCCCUGCUAAACCAUGGAUUAUCUUUGUGGACUUUACAAUAAUCCAUGAACCUUUGGCAAUAAUUAUAUCCCUCAUGGUUGUUUGUUUGAGGAGUUGUUUUACAGCCAGAAGCCCUUCCUUAUGCCACCCCUUUUAGUAACCUUUUAUGUGGGACAUAAAAGGUUACUUGGACACAAGCUGCUUGUUAAAAUUCAUUCUGUUUCAGAAAUAACUUGUAUAACCAUAAAUGUAUUCCCCGUGGGAAAGAAGAUACGAGCAGUGUGAUAACAAGCUGCAGUCACGAUAUUUUAUAUCACCACAGUUAUAUCAACAUUGGUGAGAUAACAUAUUAUUGUGAUAUUUUGAAUAAAAAUCAUUCUCAUAAAUAUCCAAUAUAAAACAUUUCCAGGAUUUUGGAAAGAUAUUGUGGGUAAAUAAGUGAGAAAUAUAUUCUCAGAGAUGUGUAAUAAUAUCACUGUAUCAUUUGUUAAGAUAUCAAUAAAGCAUAAAACAUAAUAUUUCAUCAUAGCA